AUGCCUGUUCCCGAGUCCGAGUACCUGAGUCCGGUAUGGAAGGACGGGAUUUUCAAUGACAGAGUUGCCUUUGUCACCGGCGGUGCUGGAACCAUUUGCAGCGCCCAAACCCGCGCUCUUGUCCGCCUCGGAGCGAAUGCGUGUAUCAUUGGCAGAAAUGUCGAAAAGACAGAGUCCAUGGCCAAGGACCUGGCCACUGCGAGACCAGGCGCCAAGGUCAUUGGCAUCGGUGGAUGCGACGUCCGGAAUCCCCAGAACCUGCAGGACGCGGCCGACAGAUGUGCCAAGGAGCUCGGCAGCAUCGAUUUUGUCAUUGCAGGCGCUGCCGGCAACUUCAUUGCACCCUUGUCCACCAUGAGCCCCAACGCCUUCAAGGCUGUCAUGGACAUUGACGUGCUGGGAACUUUCAACACCCUCAAAGCCACUCUUCCGUACCUGGUUGAGUCGGCCAAGAGAAACCCCACGCCUAGCAAAGACGGCCUGACAGGUGGCCGCAUCAUCUUCGUCUCGGCAACUUUCCACUACACCGGUAUGCCAUUGCAAGCACACGUCUCGGCCGCCAAGGCUGCCGUUGAUGCCCUCAUGGGUUCCGUGUGUCUGGAGUACGGCCCGUAUGGUGUCACGAGCAAUGUCAUCGCACCGGGCCCGAUCAAGGACACGGAGGGCAUGGAACGUCUCUCCAGCGCCAAGGCCGACCAGUCGAGGGCCGAUGCCGUCGUUCCCCAGGGCCGGUGGGGCUACAUCCGCGAUAUCGCCGACUCCACCGUCUACCUGUUCAGUGAUGCUGGCAGCUUCGUCAACGGCCAGGCGAUUCCCGUUGACGGUGGCGCGUGGAGGCGGCAGAGCGCGCUCGGAGUCGGAACCGAUGAAGACAUGAGAUACCCGGAGUUCCUGCUCAAGGGUGAGAUCUCGAAGCACGUGAAGAGCGGGCGCAAGCCGACUUCCAAAUUCAAUGGAGAUGGUCUCCGGGAAGAAGAGACAUCCCGGAUUCUCAAUGGCAAUGCGACGACGAACAGCGCGUGGUUUACUGACAUCAAGACACAGACAACCGAGAUGGAACUCAAGCUCCUGUUGGCCCUCGGCCUGCCUAUCGUCCCGGCCGCCGCCGAGACGGUCCUCGGAAUUUACGUCUUCCACCGUCACGGCGACCGCACCGCCAAAAAGUGGCCCCCGGUCCGCUUCACUGACCUCGGCGCCGACGAGGUCUACAGCUCCGGCCUCUACUACCGCUCCCGCUACGUCAGCUCCAACGCCUCCCAGCAGAUCCGCUCCCUGAGCACCGACGAGGUCCGCCCCGAGCAGCUCGCCGUCACCUCCCCCACCGACGUCGUCCUCCAGUCCUCCGCCUACGCCUGGCUGCAGGGCUUCUACCCUCCUGCCGGCACGGCCAACACCCUCGCCAACGGCACCAGCGUCGAGGCGCCCCUCGGCGGCUACCAGUAUGUCCCAGUCAACGCCGUCAGCACCGCCGCCACCUCCCAGGACGCCGAGAACAGCGAGUGGCUCCAGGGCGGCAGCGGCUGCGGCAACGCCGUCGUCAGCUCCAACAACUACUUCUCCUCCCCCGAGUACAAGAACUACAGCGACGCCUCCGCCGACUUCUACCAGGGCCUGCUGCCCGUCAUCAACGGCACCUUCACCUCCAAGACGGCCACCUUCGAGAACGCCUACACCAUCUUCGACCUCGUCAACGUCGCCACCAUCCACAACGACACCAUCUCCUCCGAGAGCCUGCUGACCAAUAGCACCCUCGCCCAGCUCAAGGCCUACGCCGACGUCCACGAGUGGAACCUGGCCUACAACGAGAGCGACCCCAUCCGCGCCAUCGCCGGCAAGGUCCUGGCCGGCCAGAUCCUCGUCGCCCUCAACUCGACCCUCGCCAACGCCGCAAAGGCCUCCUCCACGAAGGCCAACAUCCAGUUCGGCGCCUACGCCACCUUUUCCUCCUUCUUCGGCCUUGCGCAGCUGCAGAAGGCGUCCUCCAGCUUCACCGAGGUCGUCGACUACGCCUCCUCCAUGGUCUUCGAGCUCGUCACCAACGCCUCCGCCUCCGCCCCUGCCGCCGACGACGUCUCGGUACGCUUCCGCUUCGCCAACGGCCCCGCCGGCCAGAACAACCUGACCGCGUACCCCCUCUUCGGCCAGUCCGAGACGCUCCUCCCCUGGAACACCUUCGUCACCGAGAUGCAGAAGUUCGCCGUCAAGGACACCAAGGCUUGGUGUACCGCCUGCGGCAACUCGACGGGCACCUGCGCCUCCGCGCUUGGUCUGGACGGCGGCGCGAACUCCACCGGCUCCGGCUCCUCCAGCAAGGACGCCAACGGUAUCUCCACCCCCGUUGCCGGUGUUAUCGGCGCUCUCGUCACCCUUGUCGUCGUCCUCGGCAUCGAGGCUCUGGUUAUGGCCAUCGGCGGUCUGCGCUUGGCUAAGAAGUCCAAGGCCAAGGACGUCCCCUCGGCCUCUGCCGCUGAGACCUCCGGAACCAAGGCUUGA